UUAUAAAUAAUAUUUGCGUGGUUGAUAGUUUAGGCAGGUAGUGUUGAUGUAAGCAACACCACGCUGGUGCACCAGCAGUUCUGCUCUAAUAUAUCUAUAAUAAACCUCUAAAGACGGUAAAUAAGAAGUAUGCCGAAAUCUAAACGUGAUAAGAAGAUUUCCUUGACUCGGACAAAGAAGAAAGGCUUGGAAUUUAAGCAGAACUUGGUGGAAGAGAUACGCAAGUGCAUUGACUUGUAUGCUCGCAUAUUUGUCUUCUCUGCACAGCAUGUUAAAACUGACAAGUUGAAGGAUAUGCGGAUAGAAUGGGGACACAGCAGGUUUUUCCUUGGCAAGAAUAAAGUGAUGGCACUGGCCUUAGGUCGAACCCCAGAGGAAGAAAUUUCUGACAAUCUCUCCAAAGUUUCUCAGAAGCUAGUUGGCCAGUGUGGUCUUCUGUUUACAAAUUCUACUAAAGAGGAAGUACUAGACUACUUUGAGAGCAAAAAGUACCCUGUACAUCCACAUGCUGGCGAUGUAGCGACAGAGACAGUGACGUUAAAAGAGGGACUACUGGAACAGUUCUCCCAUUCUCUGGAGCCACACCUCAGGAAGUUGGGGCUUCCCACAAGGCUGCAGCAUGGAAUCCCUGAGCUUCUACAGGAUUACACGGUCUGUGUCAAAGAAAAAAUACUGACUCCUGCACAAGCUAGUAUUCUGAAACUUUUAGGAAAAGAAAUGUCAUUUUUUCAUCUCAGGAUGGAGUGGUGCUGGAACCGACAUGAUGGGAACUUUGAGAAAGUUCUGGUUAGCCCUGACAGAGAAGCAUCAUCCAGUGACAGUGAUGAUAAUGAUGAUGAUGAUGAUCAUGAAGAUAAUUGCAUGGUAUAAACUAUUUUAAGCAUAGUGUGUGUAAAUGAUGAAUCUGCAUAGGAACACAAUAAAUAUUAAUGAAUUUGCA